AUGCCCGGCUGUUUGGAUAUCACAGCCAAUGAAGCGCCAGAGGCUCGGCGCCAAGCCUUCAAACUUCUAUUCUUGAUCGCCUUUGUGUCCGCAGUCUUCGCUCGACACCCUGGCCAUCACUGGCGUCAUGGCGACGAAGACGAUGACGAUUAUUACGGCAGACGACACGGCUACUCUCAUCAUAGAGAGCAUGAUCACGACGACGACGACGAGGAUGAUGACGAUGAACGCGAUGAGGAUGACAGUGAUGAUAGGGAAAAGAAUCGAACACAACUAAUUACGGCUUCUGGUGGUGGUCACAGCAGAAGGGUGAUGUGGAGCGGUAGUUCCAGUUAUCCCGGCUACAAACGCUACCACAGAAGGCCUUUGUAUAGACCAGCCGUUCCUCCACGAACCUACUUGUCCAGACGAGGUCUUAUAACACCCUCACCCCCGGUUAGGCCUGUUGCACUGCACAACAAGGAACGAGCUAAGGAUCUACGCUACCGUCAGGGUCUCCAAGAAUUGCGUGAUCUUAUACGAAACAGUGUUUUCGUUCGUCUCGCAAUUGAAAGCGUUGCGAUCGUUUUAAACCGACUUCACUCAACUCUCCACCGUCAUCGCUUCAAUCACGUUUUAGGUGUUGUCAAGGCACCCCACCGUGAUGGCUUAGCUGCAGUGGAAAAGAAAAGUGCAGCAAGGAGGUCAGUGAUUUGGUCAGGCGCAAACAGCUAUCCCGGCUUCAGGGACAGUCGAAGGCGAAGACAUGAAAGGGUGCACAGACAGGAUCUCUCCGAGGCGUACGCCAAGUACACAGCCCAAUCGGCCAAGAAACCGAAAGAGCCGAUCAGGGUCAAACUGUACAACAAGGAGCGCGCCAAUGAUCAGCGCUACCGUGAAGGGCUGCAAGAACUGGCCAGUCUGAUGUAA